AUGCAGGGAGUAUUGGCCUCAGUCGCACCUUCCACACUUAGGUCCUACACAAAAGCAUGGUCCGAUUUCUUAACAUACCGCACACAAUAUUUGCGUAUUCAUCAGCACACACCCCCCUCCACCAGCCACGUCUUGCAGUACUUAGUCCACCUGCGCAACCAAGGACGUGCCCCAAAAACACUGAAAAUCCAGGCAGCUGCCAUUUCAUUUUUCGCAAAAUCCAUGCACUUCCAUGACCCAUGCGCUGAUUUUGUAGUUCGAAGGGCGCUUGAGGGUUGGCGUAGAUUGCAACCUCCAAGCGUGGAUGGCCGCCGGCCUAUCACCUACGAACUCCUCUGUAAGAUCCGUGACAAAUUGCGCUCCAUAUGUUGGUCAAAAUACGAAGCCAGGCUUUUUGCAGCAGCCUAUUCAAUUGCGUUUUUUGGGGCACUAAGGGUGGGGGAAGUAGUCCAUGAGGGUGACCCAGGCCCCCUAUCCCGAGGCUUACAGCUCAGCGACAUCCAGCUUUCAGCAACUGAGUUGGUGGUUUAUAUCCGUCGUUCAAAAACUGAUCAGAGGGGAAAGGGCGCCAUGGUUCGAUUGCCGGCAACUAUGCAGAGUGGCCCAUGUCCCGUGAAAGACACAAAAAGAUUUCUCGACCUUAGGCCCCCUGGUUCCGGUCCCCUCCUAGUGCAUGAGGAUGGGUCCCGUUUGGCCAGACAGCAGUUUACUCGGGUGAUGCGUAUGGCUAUCGGAGCUUGCGGUCUCCCAGCCAAGGAAUUUGCUGCUCAUUCCUUUAGGAUCGGCGCAGCUACCGCUGCCUUUCACUGGGGAUUGUCAACAGAUAGCAUAAAGACCUUGGGGCGAUGGAGUUCUAAUGCUUUCAAAAGUUACAUCCGUGCUGGCUCAUCGGUUUGA